AUGAGGCGCUUACCACCGAAGCGCGUCCCUGCCCUGCCCUGCCUCCGGCCGCAGCACCGCGCCAGGCUGGCCAGGCCCGGCACAGCGGCAAACGCCUGCUUCUUCCCGGCGCCGAGACUCCCCCGCCGCCCGGGAUCAGCCGGACACCUGAACGGGCUCCAGGCUCGGACCUUCGGUGUGUGGACCCUGCUGUCAUCGGUGAUCCGCUGUCUCUGCGCCAUCGACAUCCGCAAUAGGACCCUCUAUUACAUCACACUCUUCACCUUCUUUUUGGCCCUUGUUCACUUCCUCUCCGAGGUCUUCAUUUACCACACUGCAGCCUUGACAAUUGGAGUUAUGGCACCCCUCAUGGUAGCAAGUUUCUCUAUCUUGGGGAUGUUGAUUGGCCUGCAGUACCUGGAGGUAGAAGCACUGUCACAAAACAAGAAGAAAAACUGAAGCUGAGGGCCCUGUGUAGGUCAGCAUUGUCUCCUAUCUUCACUGCCAAACUUCCACUAAAGCUCGGCUGAACUCCAGGACACCAGUCCCACUGGUGGAUCAAUGUUGGACUCUGUCAAUCAUUCCUCAUUACCAAGUGGUUUUUUGUGUCCCAGAAACUUUUCAACGGAUUGAUGUCAAAGACCAAGUCCCAGAGGAGUUUGUGUCAAAGCUUGUGGGUGCAGUUGGUUACUGCCUCCCCAGAGGGUAGCAGGGAAUAGCUCAGGCAUGCCCAAUGCACUAAGGACUGCUCUCCCAGUGUAACUGUGGGGAGGAGGUGUAGAGCUGCCCAGAAUCUGCUGAACACUUCGGACCAGAAAGAGAGAAUGUGUGCUGCCCCUGGCACUGCUGUGUAACUUGCAUGCGUGUGUUCCUCAGGGGCCAUUUCUAAUAAAUGACAGAAAACUGCA